AAAAUUAUAUCCACAUCAUUUGACGGAGGAUCCCAACAUUCAAGAGCUCGUUGGCGAAGAAGUUCUCCUAUCUCAUGGCUUUUAUCAAGAACUUGCCGUAGAUUUUCUUGUAGAUGAGGACGGUAGGCCUCUCGUGGACCUCCCGUUCGAGCUGGAUCCUACCAUCAUCAGCGAGGAAUUAAUCUGGAGGGACGACAAGACUCCUGCGCAUCCCUCUCGGCGGACCACCAUCUACUCUUCACCUGAUGUCUCCCCGGUUGCUCCUGCCCAGGAGCCAAUAAGGGCUGAU